CAGUCCUCUGGUUCCAUGGAUACGAGCUUGGUGACUCAUAACACUUGUUUGGCACAAACUUAUACUAGGCCUGUGUGUGUCUGACAAGUCCCUCCUCCCACACACUUCCCCACUAGAUAUAAAGUAGUGUGAGGUCACCUCUUUCUCUCAUUCACACUUGGAGGUAAAUCCGCGAGACCAGCAGAUCAGAAAGCAAGAUGUAUUCAGAGCUUGACUGCGGAAUUUGUUACCAGACCUACAACGCAGGUCUGCGGUGUCCCCGGGAGCUCCACUGCAAACACAGCUUCUGUGAGAGCUGCCUGCUGGCCCUUUCACGACCCCACGGACCCGAGGAGGCGCGUCUGGGAGCCGACAGACUCAUCGUGUGCCCGCUGUGCCGACACACCACCCCCAUAUCCGGCGAGGGGAAGGUGAGAGCGGAUCUCAAGGUGGACGAGCAUGUCCUGGAGCGGCUAAUGGCAGCGGGGGUCCUCGGGCAAGAGGAGGACGACCCAGAGGAAGAGGAGGAGGACGGUCAAGUUCAAGACGGCUGUGACGACGGCGAGGAGGCGACGCUCGCCGAGACUGACGCCGAGGAGAGCGGCUCCUCCUCGGGAUCCAGUGGUGGGAGGCACCGGCGGUUUUGGUCGAAAGUUUGGAGGAAGAUAAACGGGAAGACGUCACGAAAGAGAGGCGGAGAAAAAUUUUUGAGCAAUGAUGACUUAAAGAACUUCGCCAUGAUGUCCUGCUACAUGUUUUAAAGAGCCCACAACUUCAGAUGCCCUGGAUAAUAUGAUACUGUAUAUAUUUCAAUUUGCUGAAUGGACGGGUGAUGAUGAUGCUGGUGAGAUACACCAACAAAAUGAUUGAAAUCUGCAUUCUGAUUCUGUGUUUAAGCAGUGACCAAUAUAAUGUAGCUGUUUCAGCAAAUAAGAAAAAAUGUGAAGUUUAUGAGUUUCCAAAGUGGACCAUUUUAGGCCUAGUGAUGCACUUAUGCAUGUGAUAUUUAUUUGUUUCAUAAAUGUAUUUAUUUUUUUAUGUAUUUGUUACAUAUUUAAGGAAAAUAAAAA